GAUUUAUAAAAAAAAAAAAAAGUAACCAAAUUUCCUUAUGAAGACAAUUUAAUUAAUUAACAUUUUUGAUCUAAUUAAUUUUUUUUAAAACUGUAAAAUUUAUACAAAAUAGGAACUUUUGAACAUUGCAUGACAAAUAAAAGUGCAUGUAUAUCUAUUGUUGAAAAUAUAUUAUUUAUAACAUUUUAAUUUUCCAUUAUUUUUCCUAAAUAUUUUUUAAUCAUCUAAAUAGCGCAUUCUUAUCCGAACAUUUUCCGAUUAGUUUUUAAUUUUUGUUCUUUUUUUACUAGCUUAUAGCAAUAUCCAUCCUAUUAAACAAACCAAGAUCAAAAUGGUUUCCAGCGUAUCUAUUGCCGUCCUUUUGUUAUCCUCGGCCCUUCUGAACAAUCCCCUCGUUGACGCUGCCCAAAAGAAGGCAGGAAAACCCAAGGGAGCUGCUGCUACCAAAGCCGCCACGGCCAAAGGUACAGCUGCCAAAGCUGCUACCGCCAAGAAGCCUGCCGCCGCUAAGGCCGAACCAUCAUCUAGUCAAGAAGCGGCCUCAACCCCCGCAGCUGCUGCUCCUGCGGCUGCCCCCUCUGCUGCCGAAGCCGUCAAAAAACCCAAAGCUGCUGCAGUAAUUACCGCAGCUAAACCAAACGAAUACGUAGAGGAAUGGAGAGUUAAACCACUCGAAUGGAAAUUGAAUGAAUUUUCCAAUUGGUUAAAGAAAGCCGAAGAAGACUGGAAAGAAUUCCACGUGGUCCUUGAAGAUGAAAGAACUAAAUGGGUUGCAAAUUUGGGAGAUUUAGAAAAAGGAUGGUUCGAAACCGCAGAAAAAAAAUGGAACAACUACAACCCAGGUUUGGAUCUAGAAUACAAAAGCAAUAUAUUAAAAAAAGCAAAAGUCUGGAAAGAGGGUCAAUGGAAAGAAUGGAUUGAUAAAAGUUUAAAGAAAUACAUUACAGACGACUUUAAAAAAUGGAUGGACGGCCACCAAGAAAACUUAAAUGCAGCUCUUAGUGUAAACUGGGAAACAUGGAAAAGACAAAAAUUGUUAGAAUGCAAUUCGGUAGGAUGGAGAUUAAAGGAAGAUAAGCACUGGAUCAGAUGGACCUUCUUCAGCCCAAACAUUGAUGAUAUUCCAGUACCUAAAGAAUUUAAAGCACUUUACGAAAACUGGAAAGUAAGAAGAAAGGCAGAAACAGACCAAUGGAAAGAAUGGACCGAUAGAAUAGAAAAGAGAGUUAUCUUUAAAGACACCCCUGCAUGGACCAAAUGGAAAAAUGAUAAAACUGCCGCCUUCGAAAAAUGGCUAGCUGCCUUCACUAACAAAUUAGUUGCUCAAAAGCAGUGGACCAACUGGGUCUAA